AUGGUGCCCCGCCAAGAACAGCACCAGCAGCAACAGCAGCAGCCGCGGAGGCCUGCAGGCGGCCCAGGCCCAAACCCACGGCGGACCCCACUGCUGCCGUUGCUUGUCCUGGUCCUAGCGGCUCUCGUAGCUGUCCUCUCCAGAAAUCUCUUUUAUUCCUCCUCGUCCCGAACCACAACCGUCUCCUGUCCUACUGUUGACUCUCCUGCCUCUAUCAACACCGACAUCCUCCCUGUUUCUACAGAAGAGCCAUCUCAACAACCAGACACCAUGGCCGCCACCGAACAGACCUUCAUUGCUAUCAAGCCUGAUGGCGUCCAGCGUGGCCUCGUUGGUCCCAUCAUCCAGCGAUUCGAGCAGCGCGGCUACAAGCUCGUCGCCAUCAAGCUCGUCACUCCCCCCAAGGAGCACCUCGAGGCUCACUACGCUGACCUGAAGGACAAGCCCUUCUUCCCCGGUCUGCUGUCCUACAUGCUGUCUGGCCCCAUCGCCGCCAUGGUCUGGGAGGGCCGUGACGCCGUCAAGACCGGCCGUGUCCUGCUCGGUGCCACCAACCCCCUGGCCUCCGCCCCUGGCACCAUCCGUGGUGACUUCUCCAUCGACGUCGGCCGCAACGUCUGCCACGGCUCCGACUCCGUCGAGAACGCCAAGAAGGAGAUUGCUCUCUGGUUCAAGGAGGGUGAGCUCGUCAGCUACAAGUCUGCCCAGCACGACUGGAUCUACGAGAAGCCUUAA